AUGGAGUUAUUGGCAAUACCGUUCAAGAGGACGUUACAAUUUCAUUUAGAUGACAAGCUAAGUGAAUUGAUUGAUUCAACUUUUUACCAAACAUCAGAUACAUUCCGAGAUGAUUUGAAGGAAAUUUCGAAGUUACGAGAUGAAAUCUCAACAAGUACUGAGAUUUCGGUAUCACAAUUGGCACUAUUAUACAAGUAUUAUUUUGUAGUGAUUCAAUUACAAAAGAAAUUCCCAGAAAAUCAAGUUUUGUUUGCUUGGUGUCAAACCAUCUCUACAAAAUCAAACAUUAAAGAAAAGAAAUCUUUGAAAUGGGAGCGUUCAAAUAUCAUAUAUAAUUUAGCGUCCAUGUAUUCCCUGCUGGCUCGUGAAAUUGAUAUAUCUCUAGACAAUUUGAAUACUAAAUAUAAAUAUUAUCAAAUCGCAGCAACUUUGUUCCAUCAUAUAUCAAAGCAGGGUCAGGAUGUUGCAUCUGUAGAUAAAUAUACUGCAGAUACACUAGGUAAUCUAAUGCUGGCACAAGGUAUGGAAUGUUUCUGGUUGAAAGCAACAAAAAAGGAAAAUAUUAAGGAUUCCAUGGUUUCUAAAUUGUCAUCUCAAGUCAGUGUAUUUUAUGAACAAACAUUAUUAUCUGCUAAUAAAAGUCCCUUAGUGACUUCGCAAUGGAUUAAUCAUAUUAAGGAAAAAAUUAAGUAUUUUCAAGCUGUCACAUAUUAUCGAAUGUCAUUAGUUUUACAAGAAUCUCAAAAAUGGGGUAAGAUGGUUAAAACUUUAACGCAAUGUGUUGAAUUAUUAUCCAAUUGUAAUUUAGAAUCAGCACAACAAUUUUUCGAAAUUGCUAGAGUUUUACUGAAAGAAACCACCAAGGAUAACGAUUUUAUAUAUUUACAAGUAGUGCCGGAGUCUGUGCCUGCAAUGGUGAAACCAGUAAACAUGAUUGAACUUUUGGAUUUUGAAAAACUUAUGACUGAAGGCACACAAAAAUGGCAUAAUAUUCAAUAUUUUAAAAAUUUGUUACCAUUAGAAUUAAUAGAUACAUGUAAUGCUUACAGUGAAAGGCAAGCACAAUAUGUCCAGGAACGUAUAAUUCAUCCAAUUGAAACAAUGAAUGAACAGUUGGAAGAUAAAAGGGUAAAUACUGAAAAUUCAAGAAAGUCAACGGUAGAACCAAUAGAAAUGAUAAAUAUUACUAAUUUGGAAGUGUCUUUGAACAAUUUGAUCUCUCUCUCUGACUCUAUUGACAGUAAACUUUUACUUGUGAAAAAUAUCUUAGAAGAUGAAGCUGAAACAGAUGCAACGCUACGUGCCACCCAUGGUUCAUUGCGUUGGAUAUUACCAAUCUCGAAUGAAGUCAAUGGUGAAUUGCACUCUAAACUAAACAAACUACAGGAAUAUCUGGCACAAGGUCAUAAAACUGAUGGCGAAACUAGAGAUGUACUUAAUAUGAUUGAUCGUGUUCUACUAACAUCGAGUGAAAAGGAUUAUCUGGGAAAAUCAUAUGGUAAAGAAAGCAAGGAUCCAUUAAUGAAAGAAAUAAAUGAUAUUGAAAGUAGCAGACAAUUGUUUUUAAUUAAGACUCGUGAAAAGAUGACAACGAAUACUGUAUUGUUGAAGAUGAUAGAAGCCUUUCGGGCAAACGGUGAAAUUGUUGACCAAAGACAAUUAGAGACCCAAUUUCAAGAACAUUUAACAAUAUUUCAAAAUGAUCUUGUGAGGGUCAUACAGGAGGAGAAAAUCAAUGAACAGUUGUUUGAACAAUUAGAAGAUUAUUCCACUAAUUCUAACAAAGGGGACUCGAUUAAACGACUCACCCCUAAGGAUUUAUAUAUUGAAGAUUUUAAUCAUUCAAUGGGAUUGUUAAAACAAGUACGAAAAAGUGUAAAUAAUGGAUCCCAAUUUUAUAAGGAUCUAGUCAUGUCGACGAAUGCAUUGUUGGCCGAAACUGAACAAUUUAAUGAGGAUCGUAAAAGCGCCAAACGAACAUUAGAUGCACAAUUAUCUAGUAUAUAA